AUGGAGCUCAGUGUCGUUCUCCUUCUUGCUGUCCUCACGGGACUCCUGCUUCUGCUGGCCAGAGGCCAUCCGAAGGCCCAUGGCCGCCUCCCGCCAGGCCCCCGUCCUCUGGCCUUCUUGGGGAAUAUUCUGCAGAUGGACAGAAGAGGCUUACUCAAAUCCUUCCUGAGGCUCCGAGAGAAAUACGGGGAUGUCUUUACGGUGUACCUGGGGCCAAGGCCUGUGGUCAUGCUGUGUGGGAUAGAAGCCAUACGGGAGGCCCUGGUGGACCAAGCUGAGGCCUUCUCUGGCCGCGGGAGAGUGUCUACUGUAGAACGAAUCUUUCAAGGCUAUGGUGUGAUCUUUGCCAACGGGGAACGCUGGAAGCUCCUUCGGCGAUUCUCUCUGGCCACCAUGAAGAACUUCGGGAUGGGGAAGCGGAGUAUAGAGGAGCGGAUUCAGGAGGAGUGUCAGUGUGUGGUAGAGGAACUGCAGAAAACCCAGGGAGCCUUCCAGAACCCCACCUUCCUUUUCCACUCCAUGACUGCCAACAUCAUCUGCUCCAUUGUCUUUGGAACACGCUUUAGCUACAAAGAUCCCAAGUUCCUGCGGUUGCUGGACUUGUUCUACCAGACCUUCACGCUCCUCAGCUCCUUCUCCAGCCAGGUGUUCGAGCUUUUCUACAACUUCUUGAAGUACUUUCCAGGUACACACAGGCAAAUCUACAAAAACAUGCAGGAAAUCAUAGCCUUCAUAGAGGACGCUGUGGAGAAGCACCGUGAAACCCUGGACCCCAGCACCCCCCGGGACUUCAUCGAUGCCUACCUGAUCCGCAUGGACAAAGAGAAGUCCGACCCCAACAGCGAAUUCCACCAUCGGAACCUCAUCUGCACGGUGCUCUCCCUCUUCUUCGCCGGCACGGAGACCACCAGCAGCACGCUCCGCUAUGGUUUCCAGCUCAUGCUCAAGUACCCUCACGUCACAGAGAGAGUCCACAAGGAGAUUGACCAGGUGAUUGGCCCACACCGCCUUCCAUCCCUUGAUGAUCGAGUCAAAAUGCCAUACACUGACGCAGUCAUCCAUGAGAUUCAGAGAUUCAGUGACCUCUUCCCUAUUGGCGCGCCACACAUGGUCACCAAAGACACUUACUUCAGAGGGUACUUCAUGCCCAAGGGCACUGAAGUACAUCCCCUCCUGCACUCUGCUCUCAAUGACCCACAUUACUUUGAAAAACCAGAUGCCUUCAACCCUGACCACUUUCUGGAUGCCAAUGGGGCACUGAAGAAGAAUGAAGCCUUUAUCCCCUUCUCCAUGGGGAAGCGCAUUUGUCUUGGUGAAGGCAUCGCCCACAUGGAAUUAUUCCUCUUCUUCACCACCAUCCUCCAGAACUUCUCUGUGGCCAGCCCUGUGGCCCCCGAGGACAUCGACCUCACACCCCAGGAGAGUGGCAUAGGAAGAGUGCCCCCAGUAUACCAGAUCAGCUUUCGGUCCCGCAGAGGGGACUGAGAGAAGGGCCUCAAAGGAUCCCAGGAUCAGGAAGUAUUCCCACCUCUGCAGAAGCCAGUUCCUUGACUGGCCCUGGGUCUUCCUGCUGCUGAGAGACCCACCACAAGCCAGUGUCUCCCCCCUCCUCUGUUUCUGCCUCUGUGGGAGAGUCCUUUCUGCAGCCUCAUCUCAGACCAUCACUCUGCAGCUCUUGCAUAGACUCAUGGAAGUGUUUUCCUUUCCUUUGUUAACAGAGUUCCCAGUGUGGUGUAUAUAUAGAAGCUGGGGGCUAAGAUGGGAGACUUGACUCGGAUGCUCUUUGCAUUUGUGCCUCCCAGGCCACGGCUUCCCCCAGGGGCUUCUCCCUUCCUCAGAACAACCACAGUCUCCAUUUAGCAACUGUUUGCGCUCCAUGAUCUGUGCAUACGUGACCUCCCUGGAAUCCUCUAGCAGUCACUCCCCAUUCCCCCUUCCCCUCAGCUCCUGGCAACCACCAGUCUGCUUUUGGUCUUUAUGUAUUUGCCUAUUCCGUGUGUUUCAUGCAAAUGGAAUCAUACAAUACGUG